CUAUGUCUAUUUCCUUUUUCAGGUACUGCCUAUUCUGAAGUUGGUGCAAUGGAGCCUGGAGCUGCACCUUCUGGACCUGGAGCCUGUUCAGGACCUGAAGCCGGCGGCGAUCUGCAGUACCUGGAGGUGGAGCUGGCGAGGCCCUGGGAGGGUGACGGCAAUCUGCAGCAGGGCGCUGGCCUUGGGAUGACGAGGUGGGGAUUUGCUGGCCCAGGACGAGGAGGGGGAUCUGCUGGCCCAGGAAGACGGGGAGGAUGGGAGGGGAUCUGCUGGGUGAGAUGGGAGGCGAUGGAGGUGGAGGAUCCAGAGGUGGGGGGCGAUGGAGGCGGGCGGAUCUGGAAGACGACCUGGGUGGAGAUCGAGGAGAGAAUUCAAAAUUGAAGGGUAACCUGGUCAUUUCGCUGCUUUUUCACCUGGCCGGGAAAAAUCCCCA